CUCAUCUCAUCUUCAAUUCUCACCUCAAUCUCUUUCUUUGGCAAUUUUAUUUUCAAAGUUACGUUGUUAGAGAAAUACCGACCGACUGAUCCAACUGGUUUAUCAAGCAAGCUAAGCUAAGCUAAGCUAGGCCGGAUUGGAGAAUUAGAUGGCGCCGCCACGUAGAUACGCCUUCGGGAGGGCGGAUGAGGCAACUCACCCAGACUCCAUGCGUGCCACCUUGUCCGAAUUUCUCUCCACUGCUCUUUUCGUCUUCAUUGGUGAAGGCGCCGUUCUUGCCAUAGACAAGUUGUACCGGGAUUCGGCUUUAGGUGCGUCGGGCUUGACGGUUCUGGCACUUGCUCACGCACUCGCUCUUUUUGCGGCGGUUGCAUCCUCCCUUAACGUGUCUGGAGGACACGUUAACCCUGCCGUCACUUUCGGUGCACUCGUUGGCGGCAGAAUCUCCUUCCUCCUUGCCCUUUACUACUGGAUUGCUCAGCUCUUGGGUUCCAUAGUAGCUUGUCUCUUGCUCAGGGUCUCCCUGGAUGGCAUGAGGCCUCAGGGAUUUUCUUUAGCCGCCGGAGAAGGUUGGGGGAGUGGGCUUCUGCUGGAGAUAAUAAUGACAUUUGGGCUGAUGUACACAGUUUACGCAACCGCCAUCGAUCCAAAGAGGGGAAGUUUAGGCACCAUUGCACCUCUUGCCAUUGCUUUCAUAGUAGGGGCUAAUGUUUUCGUGGGAGCACCUUUCACCGGAGCAUCCAUGAACCCGGCCAGAGCUUUUGGGCCGGCUUUGGUGGGGUGGAGAUGGAGGUACCACUGGAUCUAUUGGGUCGGCCCCUUUAUUGGUGCAGGCUUAGCCGGCCUUAUCUACGAGUUCGGCAUACUACCACCCGCCGCAGAUCCUCCCCACACCCACCACACUCAUCACCAGCCUCUUGCUGCAGAAGACUACUAGACCCUCCAACUUACUACUACUACUAUACUAUCAAAUCAAACAACUAUACUACCACCCACCUUCGCUUCUUCCCUUAUAUGUGUGACCAAAGGGUGUUGUUCAAACUCGUCUGUCCAGUUUUGAAUUGUUUCCUUAGUUUCUCUUC